CCCUCUGUAUCUCGGCGGGGCAAGAAGCUCACCUACGAACAGCAGAACGGAUUAGCAAACCUCCCCUGCUUACCCCCCCAUUGCUCCCCAGGAUGGGCAGAACCGACGAGUUCCUCUCGUCCAUCUCUGGCUUCCUCCGCGCCAAAGAUGCAGCCCAGCUCCAGCAAUGGCUCGUGGUUGAGCCACCCCUCGCCGAUGCUUACGCCGAGCUAUCCAGGGAGCUCAAGACCAUUGACAUUGAGAAGGCGGUGGACAAGAUUGAUAAUGACGAUGCAUGGCCGGGUUUCAUUGCCUUCAUGAACCUCUACCUCGACUUCUUCCGCCGCGUCGAUUAUGGGAACCUCAUGGAGACACAUACCCAGCUGAGCGCCCUUGUCAACUCUUGCAUCACAGCCAUGUCGAAUGCGUCAUACGGCAUCCUUGUCCUUCCCACCACCAUCCAAUUAUGCACAGCGCUAGCCACACUAGCUAUGACUCUUGAUAAGCGGCCCGAUUUGACACGUCGCUGGCGCGCGGCGGACGACGGCGAGGCUCGGAAGACGUUGGUUGAGGGCACGGCUGAGUCGAUACAGCGGGCUUUCACUAUCUGUCUCACGGAGCGGACUUCAAACCGCGAUGGCGUCAAGGAUGGAAAGCCAGAGGGGAAGAAGGUCGGCAUCUACUCCUUCGCCAACCUCGUCCUCAAGCUCCUGUUUCGUUGUCAAAAGACCCCACUCGCCGAACAGCUCUUCACAAACAUCAUGCAGAACUCCCCACCACUAGCACUAUACCCCGCCUCCCACCGCGUCACCUACCUCUACUACCUAGGUCGCUUCCUUUUCUCCAACACCCACUUCUACAAAGCCCACCUCUGCCUCCAAUCCGCCUACACACAAUGCCACGCCCAAUGCAUCAACCAACGCCGCAACAUCCUCAUCUACCUCAUCACCACAUCCCUCAUCCUCGGCCGGCACCCCUCACCAGCUCUCCUCGCCCGCCCUGAGGCUUCCACACUCCUUCCUAAGUUCGCACCCGUAAUAGCCGCAAUGCGCACCGGCAACCUCGCCGCCUACCGUCACGCCCUCGGCCCCACAUCACCGAACCACGCGUGGUUCCUUCGCAGGGGCAUCCUCCUCCCCCUCCUCUACCGCGGAGACACUCUCGUGUGGCGCUCUCUGGCCCGCCGCUCCUUCCUCCUCACUUACGACGCCCCCGCCGAUACGACAACCCGAAAAGCGCCAACGCUAGACCUACACGCCCUCCUCCUCGCCGCGCAACUCUGCCAGCGCACACUCGAAGCCGAAGCAGCGCGGCAGGGGCGCAAGUUACAGCCGAGCAUGGGCCUGAUCAGCGGAUCGCUGAUGCCUGAUAUCUCCGACGUGGAAGCUAUAGUUGCGAGUCUUGUGGCGCAGGACCUACUGCAUGGGUUUGUCAGUCAUAGUCUAAAGCGUUUUGCGAUUUUGGGGGCGAAGCAGAAGGGUGGACCGCUGGCAGCGGGGUUUCCGGCGCCGUGGGGGGUUAUGAAGGCGAGGGCUGCGACGGCGACGGCGGGGGAUGUGCCGGGGUGGGUUAGUGGGAGUGGUGGGAAGACGCAGGUUAGGAUGGGAGGGGUGGUGAAUUUGAGUGGGAUUGCGAGGCCGGUGGGGAGUGGAUGA